AUGAAAGAUCAACUAAAUACUAUGGGUUAUGAUAUUAAAUUUUUGAGUGGAAAAUCUUUUGAAUAAUUGUUUGAAUCUAGAAAAUGGAAGGUAUUGAAAGAAGCAGCAAAUGUUAAGUCUAUCUAUGUGCCAUUUAUACUUAAGAGAAAGUUAAAUAUGAGCUCAGUAAUUUGA